AUGGGAGAUAAUAAAAGGAAAGCUUGUUGCAACUAAAUUCUCUAGAAAGAAUAAGUGGCGUUAAGCUUAAGAUAAAUUUAAAGCGAUCCAAGUAUAAUUAUAGAAGAGCAAAAGACAGAGUAAUAAGAAAUUGCAAAGAAUAUCAAAAAACAAGAAAGUUAAUUAACAAUAAACUCUCUUCCUAAAAAAAGAGCUUACUUAAAAAAUUAUAGCAGUUAGAUCCACAUAGGUUUAAAUUCUACUUCUAAAAUUGACUUACAUAAGUAGCUAUAAAUCAAUUAAUUUAUUAAUUUUUUUACUUACUUACUAAUUUAUUAACUUGCUUUUGCAUAACUAUAGAUUAUUAAUACAUUAAAACUUAAUUUACAUCAAUUAUUAUUGUUUUGUCUUCUUAUUCAAUUUAUUUUAUAAGUAACAAACAAUAAAUAACUAAAUAUUUUUCCACUCUAUUUUUUUACUGAAACAAGUAUUUUUUACUGCUAAAAAAGUGAUAUUAACGACUUAGACGAUAGAUUCAGAGGAUUAUCAGAAGAUGAAAAGCAGCUAGCAAUAAAAGCAGAAUAAAAGGCCAUUGUCAAAAAUAGCUAUUAUGAAAAAUUUGUUCAAAGCAGGUCAGAUAUUAAGCUCUUUAAAAUAAAUUCUAUGCUGUAAGCUUUAAAUUUGGUUGUAAUUGUUGCUAGUUUCCUUGAUUCGAUUAGAAAAUACGGCUAAUAAUACAAGUUUAAAAGAUUAAAAGAAACAUAGUUUUAAAUAAUUGGUGACCAAUCAUCUAAUUAUAGGUUUUAUUUUGACAACAAAUAUUUUAUUGGAAACUAGCCAUCACGAGCAAGAAGUAUUUUUAUUCGAAUGUAAAAAUCACUAUAUAACUGGAAAAUAUUUUAUUAUCUUUACAACACGAUACUAAAUGCAAUAGACUGGAAUAACUUAAUUAUUUUACCAGAUUCUUUAACUAAAAAGAUCUGGGACUCGUACAUAUUAUUUUUGCUCAGUUUGAAUAUAUUUUAUAUACCAAUCAAAAUUACAUGGGAAGAAUAAAGUUUAGGAGGCUUUUAGCUAACAUCAUGGGUAUAGAUAUUCCUUAACGAUUUACCUGGAUGGACAUUCUUAGCAGAUAUUAUAUUGAAUUUUAACACUGCCUAUUUUAGCAAAGGCUAAAUUAUAUAUAAUAGAGUCAAAAUUAUAAAAAACUAUUUAAAAACAAAAUUUCUUGGGGAUUUGCUUGUAGUUGUCCCUUUUAUAAUAAGUUUGAGAUUAAAUCUUAUUCUCUUGAAUUCUGUCCUUAUCUUACGUACAAAUAAAAUGUUCAAACUUGCUAAUUAUUUUGAAUAACUUGUUAAUUUUACUCCUAAGCAGACAGCUCUUUAUAAUUUAUUUAAGUUAAUAUUCACAAUUGUAUUUGUGGCACAUUUUGCAGGUUGCAUGUUUUUUUUUGUAGGAUCUAUGGAAAUGUAGAAUGAUGUGGCGUCUAAGACAUGGAUAUAGGCAGCUAAUCUUUAAGAUAGGUAGUGGUAUGAAUAAUAUGUUACUUCUCUAUAUUGGGCUGUUAUCACUAUGAUAACUAUUGGAUAUGGUGACGUUACACCAAUAACUAUUUAUGAGAGAAUUUAUGUCAUAUUUGUUACACUAAUGAGUUGUGGUGUUUUUGCUUAUUCUUUAAAUUAGAUAGGUCUAUUAAUUUAAGCUUUAACAAAGACAUCAAAUUAACUCAAAUAAAGAAUGAAUAUGCUUACACGCCAUUUGAGACAUAGGGGAGUAUGUAAUAGCCUAUAAAUUCAAGUAAGAAAAUAUUUUGAGUAUUGGCAUCAAAGUAAUGAAGAAAAUGAUGGAGAAGAAUGUGAUAAAAUGAUAGAAAGCUUAUCCAACAAUCUUAAAAAAGAAGUGUUAAAUGAUAUCCGCAACCGUCUAAUCUUGAAAAUUCCAAUCUUAGUAAACAAUUUUUCACCAAGUUUCCUCAAAAAUAUAGCAAAUCAUAUAAAAACAAAACGCUCUAAACCAGAAGAAAUUUUGAUAGAUGAAAACUAAAUUAAUGACAAAUUAUAUUUUUUAGCCAGUGGUUAAAUUGUCUCAUAUAUUAAUAUUAAAAAAGAUGAUUUUCAGCCUUACACAAUUCUUAAAAAUAUUAAAGUUAAUUCAAUAUUUGAUCAAAUAUCUUUUAUGGGAGAUUUGCCUAGCUUAACUGGAUACAGAAGUGUAGGAUCUUGUAUGCUUUAUUACAUUAACAAAGAGGAUUUUAAUUAAGAAAUAAAAAAUUUUCCUUAGGACUAAGAAAAGUAUUAACUUAUCAAAGAUAAUAUAGUCAUUUACAAAAGCUAAAGGAAUAUAAAUACAAAAUGCAAUUUUUGCGAUAAAUACACUCACUCGUUUGAUUGUUGUCCUUAUGUUAAGUAUAUUCCUUACAGGGAAAAAACUCUAAUUUUAUAUAGAGUUUCUGUAGAAUCAAUUCGUAAACCGCAGGAAAGAAGGGAAUUUUCUCACAAAGUAUUAUCCUAGCUUCGUUAAACAAAAGAGAGAGCUGUAUAAUACUUGAUUGAAAGAAACCCUUACCAAAAUGAAGAAGAACUCAUCGAAAGACUCGAGUUAGUUAAUUUUGGCGAAUAGGAAUUUUAUGAGUAAUAUAUGUAUUAUGAAAAUUAAACAAAUAGAACUAAUCUCACUUAUAUUUAAGAGGAAUAAUAUUUAAAUAAUGUUAAUGAUAGUGAAUAAGAUUAUUUAAAGCAAAAUAGUGUUAUAAUACAGCAAGAAUUAAACUCUCCUAUUCAUAAAAUUUAACAUGCAAAUGUUUUUCAGAUGAAUAGAGGAUAUACUAAUCAUGACUCCUCACUUGUUGCUGCUGGCUUUGGAGGAGAAAUUAAUAGCAAUUUCGAACCAACUUUAAUACAAAAAAAUAAUUCAAAUUUGAAUAGCUUGAUCUCAGUUCAUGAUAAUAUAAUGUAGUAACAGCAAUCAUUAUAAGCAUAACAAAAUGUUAAUUUAUAAUCUCAAAUACUAAACCAGUAAAUUAUUACACCAAUUAUUUAGUCUUAGACAGGCUAGUAAAUUCUUGAAAAUUCUGUAGAUAAUUAAUAACUUACAGAUUCAUGCUAAGCAAAUAAUGGUCUAUUAAAUAUUUAGACUACCCCAAAUAUAAAUUUUAGUGCUAUAAAAAAGAAAGCAAUAGUAAUUGCAAAAUCUCCUUAGCUUAAAAAAAGAAAUAUUGAUUUAAAUAUUUUAUUAAAAUAAAACCAAAUAAAUUUACAAUCAAAUUAACAUAGUAGUAAUAGUAAUUAAAAUAACUUUUUCCCCUUACAAAUUACUGCAUCUCCAAGAUAACAUUCUUCUAAAUUUUGUUACAUUGAUAUUGGAAAUAGAAGGAAGACGAUUGAAGAAUCUGAAAAUAGAAAUUCUGAAGAUGCACAGCUAUGUAGUGCAGAGUUAAUUAAUAAUGUGAUUAGCCAAUAAAAAAAGAAGUCUUUUCAUAAAAUUCUUUCAUCAAAUGACUAACAGCAAUAAUUAUCAGAUGAUCAAGCAGGGCUUGAUCGAAAAUUAGCUAUUAUCAAAAAUUCAGAAAAAAAAAUUACAAGCAUAAAUUAUGUAAAUAGUUUUGAAUAAGAUGGAGUAUAAAAUCAAGCAAGAAGGAAUUCUACGAGCUCACGUUAAGUUUCAAUUCAAUAAAUACCUUAAAGCAAUACUCAACUAAAUUAAAAUGGAGGAAAUUAACAUCAAAUGCUAUAGCAUUAACAGUAUAUUUACUCUCAUUCCCUAAACAAUAAUUAGAAUAUGCAAGCAAUUCAAAUAAGUUAAGCAUUAGCUUAAUUAUAAAAAACUGAGUUCAUGGUACUUUUAGGGUUUGAUAAAAUGAAAGAGUAUAAUAUUUAUUAUCCUUCAGGUAAUUAUACUAAAGUUAUUGAAAAAAUUGAAAACAUUCUAUAGAAACAAACAAAAAGGAAUGGAAGAAAUAUAAGCGCAUUCAAAAAAUCAGUCAAUAAAGUUAUUUAAAUAUGCUAAUUACAAAAUAUGAUUCUUAAAAAAUAAUCAAACUUAAUAAAAACUGGUACUCCUGGAACUAAGAAAAAUGGUAGUCUUCUUUUAAAUCAAGAUUCAAUCAGGAUAAGAAAUACCAUAUUGCAUAAGAGAAAUAACUCACAUUAACAAUCUAGUUUUUAAUUAGCAUAGUAAACUAAUUACUCAUCAAAAUAAGAUUAGGAAAAUGUUGAAACUAAAUGA